GAGAACAGAAAAGAGAUGGAGGACUGGAUCAGCUCACUGAAGUCUGUACAGUCUAGAGAACAUUAUGAGACCGCACAGUUUAAUGUGGAACAUUUCUCAGGGAUGCAUAACUGGUACGCCUGCUCCCAUGCCCGACCUACCUUCUGUAAUGUGUGCAGAGAGAGCCUCUCUGGAGUUACUUCUCAUGGCCUGUCUUGUGAAGUGUGUAAAUUUAAAGCACAUAAAAGGUGUGCAGUCAGGGCAACAAAUAAUUGCAAGUGGACUACAUUAGCCUCCAUUGGGAAAGAUAUCAUUGAGGAUGAAGAUGGUAUAGCUAUGCCUCACCAAUGGUUGGAGGGUAAUUUGCCUGUCAGUGCCAAAUGUGCUGUCUGCGACAAGACCUGUGGCAGUGUUUUACGCCUCCAAGAUUGGAAGUGCCUUUGGUGUAAAGCUAUGGUUCACACUGCCUGUAAAGAUCUGUAUCCUCGAAAAUGUCCGCUUGGACAAUGUAAGGUAUCCAUCAUACCUCCAACAGCACUCAACAGCAUAGAUUCUGAUGGAUUUUGGAAAGCCACAUGCCCGCCAUCCUGUGCCAGUCCUCUUUUAGUUUUUGUUAACUCAAAGAGUGGAGACAAUCAGGGAGUAAAGUUUCUUCGUCGAUUCAAACAGUCGCUAAAUCCAGCUCAGGUGUUUGAUUUAAUGAAUGGAGGACCUCAUUUAGGUUUGCGGUUAUUUCAGAAGUUUGACAAUUUCCGGAUUCUUGUAUGUGGUGGAGAUGGAAGCGUUGGUUGGGUUUUGUCAGAAAUUGAUAAACUCAGCUUGCACAAACAGUGUCAGCUGGGAGUGCUUCCCCUUGGUACUGGAAAUGAUCUUGCCCGUGUCCUUGGUUGGGGAGGGUCAUGUGAUGAUGACACACAACUUCCUCAGAUUUUGGAAAAGUUAGAACGAGCCAGCACUAAAAUGCUGGACAGAUGGAGUAUAAUGUCAUAUGAACUGAAAUUACCAUCAAAGCCGUCUAUUCUUCCAGUUACUCCAGAAGAGGAAUCUGAGGAAUGUCAGAUAUCUGCUUAUGAGGAUUCAGUUGCUGCUCAUCUCACAAAAAUCCUCAAUUCUGAUCAACACUCAGUUGUCAUAUCAUCUGCCAAGAUAUUAUGUGAAACCGUAAAGGACUUCGUAUCCAAAAUAGGGAAGACCUAUGAAAAAACAAUGGAAAAUGCAGAGGAAGCUGAUACCAUGGCCAUUAAAUGUUCAGAAUUAAAUGAGAAGCUAGACCUAUUGCUCCAGGCUCUUCACACCGAAGCCCAGGCUACUCCUAUCCUACCACGGAUCACUCCCCCCAUUGUAGAGGAAGAAGUUGAGGAGUUUUCAAGUGAAGAAUCCUUGUCUGAAAGCAAGGAACAGUUAACAGAGAGCAUUGCAAAGUCUUCCACUCAGAAAAUCUUCAAACCAAGAGAACAGUUAAUGCUGCGGGCAAACAGUUUAAAGAAAGCAGUGAGGCAAAUCAUUGAACAAGCAGAAAAAGUUGUGGAUGAACAGAAUGCUCAUACUGAAGAACAAGUGAACCAAUCCCCUAUAGAAUAUAGUAAGGAAUUGGAUGAAUCCAAAGAAGAAGAAAAAGAGGAAGAUACAAAGGAAUACGAAUCUCAGACAAUUAAAGCUGCACCAAAAUCUCCAGAUCGACAUACAAGUCGGGGCAUCCCCUCUCAUACUGGCUCUUUCUCUGCCCCAGCUGUGGCAGCCAGUAAAGAAAACCUCCCUGUACUUAACACCAGGAUAAUCUGCCCAGGUUUAAGAGCUGGAUUAGCUGCCUCUAUUGCGGGGAGUUCAAUUAUCAGCAAAAUGUUACUUUCAAACAUUGAUCCAUUUGGUGCUACUCCAUUUAUUGACCCUGAUCCAGAUUCACUGGAAGGAUAUUCAGAAAAAUGUGUCAUGAACAACUACUUUGGAAUUGGAUUAGAUGCAAAAAUUUCAUUAGAAUUUAAUAAUAAACGAGAGGAACACCCUGAAAAGUGCCGAAGCCGGACGAAGAACAUGAUGUGGUAUGGGGUGCUUGGUACCAAAGAGUUACUACAAAGAACCUAUAAGAACUUAGAACAAAAAGUUCAGCUUGAGUGUGAUGGACAAUACAUCCCCCUCCCCAGUCUUCAAGGCAUAGCUGUGCUAAACAUUCCAAGCUAUGCUGGUGGGACUAAUUUCUGGGGUGGAACCAAAGAGGAUGAUAUAUUUGGGGCACCAUCAUUUGAUGACAAAAUCUUAGAAGUUGUUGCGGUAUUUGGCAGCAUGCAGAUGGCAGUUUCAAGAGUCAUCAAAUUGCAGCACCACAGAAUAGCUCAGUGUCGGUCAGUAAAGAUCACCAUACUUGGAGAUGAAGGGGUACCAGUGCAAGUAGAUGGAGAGGCAUGGAUCCAGCCCCCAGGAGUUAUUAAAAUUGUACAUAAAAACAGAGCUCAGAUGCUAACACGAGACAGAGCUUUUGAAAAUACCCUAAAGUCUUGGGAAGACAAACAGAAGUAUGAUUCCUGCAAACCUGUCCUUCGAUCUCACUUGUACCCUCAACAGGCUGUUGAGUUGGCUAUGGAAGAAGAAGUUGCACAGAUCCAGCUGUGUUCACAAGCUGCAGAAGAACUUAUUACCAGAAUCUGUGAAGCAGCAAAAAUACACAGCCUGUUGGAACAGGAGCUGGCUCAUGCUGUCAAUGCGUGUUCACAUGCAUUAAAUAAAGCCAAUCCAAGGUUUCCUGAGAGUCUUACCAGAAAUACUGCCAUUGAAAUUGCUGUCAAUGUGAAGGCACUACAUAAUGAAACUGAAUCUCUACUAGUAGGAAGGGUUCCUUUGCAACUGGAUCCCCCCCAUGAAGAGCUGCUGUCUGAUGCAUUACACAGUGUGGAGACUGAACUGAGAAAACUUGCUGAGAUUCCAUGGCUUUAUUAUGUUUUCCAACCAAAUGAUGAUGAGGAUCCCCCUCUGGAUUAUUCUAAGAGAAACAACAGAAGUACAGUAUUUCGCAUAGUGCCAAAGUUUAAAAAGGAAAAAGUCCAAAAGCAUAAGAGCAGCCCUCAGCCUGUUCAAAAAUGGGGCACAGAUGAAGUUGCUGCUUGGCUGGAUCUGCUCAGUUUGGGAGAGUACAAAGAAAUCUUCAUCAGCCAUGACAUCCGAGGCUCUGAGCUUUUACACCUGGAAAGGCGAGAUCUUAAGGACCUGGGGAUAACGAAAGUGGGUCAUAUGAAGCGAAUUCUCCAGGGAAUUAAAGAGCUUGGCAAGAACGCUCCCUUGUCUGAAGUGUAACAAUACUGGUGCUAUCCUUGUAAGGAGGGAGAAUUGCUAGU